AUGUCUGAAGAGAAUUUUGAAUUUAAUUUUCAACUUGCUCAUGGAUCUUCUAAUGUUAUUAUCAAGAAAUGGAAGAAUACGAUGGAAUUAUAUCAAUCAAUUGCUCGAGAAUUCGAAAUAAAUCCAGAAGAUAUCAUGUUUAUGACGGUUAAUGAAUCCAAGGUAAACACAAAAACGUUUUUUUCUCAAAAAUUAUUAUAUAAUUUUCAGAUUAGUAUGAGAAACUUAUUCAAUGGAUCCUUGGAUUUCGGAGAUAUUAUAUAUGUUCACAUCCGAGGACAAUCGAUUGAGAUUGAACUUUUCAAAGAUUCGGAUAUGUUUGGAGUAACCAUAGCUGAUAAUGGAAUCGGAAAUGCAUUCAUCAAAAUAAUACAACACGGAUCAAUUUUUGAUCGAGCUGCUUCUUUAAAAAUUGGACAAAUGUUCGAAAAAAUCAAUGGUGAAAAUGUAUUAGGAUAUCGACAUUAUCGAGUUGCAAAAGUUCUAAGAUCUAUUAGAAAAGGACAACAUUGUUCAAUUCGACUAAUUUCGCCGAGAAAAUCAGAUCUUAUUUGUGUUCCCAAAUUUCUUAAUUAAGCAAGAAAAGGUUCGAUUCGUUUCAAAAUGGAUGGCGGACAUACCAUCGAAGAUUUGAAUGAUAAACUUUUUCGAAUCGAAAUUUGUGAAAAAUUGAACAGAUUUCUUGAUUCAUAUUUGGGUGUUCAAGAUGAUGAAUUAUCGAUGAGAAUAUGGGAACUUUCAGAAAAUUGUGUGACGUUACGAGAUUUUGAAGGAGUUAUCGAAAAGGUGCAGUCGUAACAUCAAUUGAUUUUAUUUGAAAUUUUUCAGUCUGAAAUUGCCGAUUUCGAAUUAUCCUCAGAAUUAGUUGUUGAGUUGUGGGAAAUAAUUGAGGAAUUGAGAAAAAUGAAGAAUAUCUCAAGGCAGCCUAAACCAAGACCGAGAAAAGCUCCGCGUAAAUCUGUUUUGUCGGUUUUUGAAUGA